CCUUUCACGGCGAAACCUGCAAAAAAAAUAUAUAAAAAAUUCUUAAUUAUCAACUGUCACAAUUAUUCGUGGUUAAAUUAGAAUCACACCAUCUCUUCUUUUACCUUCACGUGGUAACUUUUGGGAAACUAAAAGGACUCUGUCGCCGGUUUGUUCACUCUCUUCGAACCCAUCGCUUUCAUCUACAUUGUCGUCACCGUUGGACUUCUCUGCUUUUGAAGUCCAGUAAAAAGGGAAUAGCCGAGCUAACUCAGAAAUCGAUUGCGAACAAGUGGCGUUACAGUCCAAGCGGAGAGAAGGAGAACCCGAGCGUCUUCUCUUUUACAGAGGCGAUUCGACUGAGAGCGGUGUCAACACUGUAAGUUCUCGGUUUUGUGUCUGCCAUUCUAUGCUUGCUCUGCUCGUUUCCCUUAUGUGGGAUAUCGUAGUUUUAUCUGCCUCUAAGUUGUUAAAUCUAACUCAUCAGUUCAGUUGCAUGUUGGAUCUGGUAGCCAUAGUUCCCUGAAUUAAUUGAGUGUUUUACUUACAUGUUUUGUUGGAAUCAUAUGUUUACUGCAAAUUUUUGGAUAAAUUUGUGUUUGUAAUCAAAAGGAACAAAUGAGGGUAGAACUAUAUUUGUGCUACUAUGCUAUGUUACAUGGAAUAGCGUAAUAACUAUGUGUGAAAUGAAAUAUCUUAUCUUAUAGUUGUGUAACUGUAUCAUUACGUGUAGUAUGUGGGAAUGAAGUUCCAUAGUAGCAUAUGUUGCAUUUCCAUUCCAUUUCAUUGAGUUGAAUUUCCAUUCCAUUUCAUUCAAUUCCAUUUCAUUCAAUUCCAUACUAUUUCGGACGGACAAUGCUAUGUUCCAUAGAACUUAUUAUCUUUGGCUCUGUUUCACUACUACUUUGUUCAUCGCAUAUUCUCUUUUUUUAAUCAUACCCCACUGACCUGCAAUUUUGCAUUUUCCUUCUUUUCUCAGGUUUGUCAUGGAUGAGUUGGACCUUCUUAGGAGUUCGGAUGGGUUGGUGUAUGGAAUAUAAUAUGUCGGCUAUUCCAUAUAGAAUGGAUGUCUUCAUUUUUUAUACCGUACAUAUGGAAUGUGAGAAAAUUAUAAAAUAACUCAAAUAUGUGAUAUGUGUACUUGUACGUCUUCAUAAGCUUAUUUGUAAAUGUCACCCUUAACAAUUAUUGAUCAAUAUUGUAUUGUUUACACUUUAAAGUAUAUUAUUACAAUUACCGAUCUAUAUUGUAUAAUUUAACCGUAUAUAAAUUUAUGUACUAUUUCCAGAGUUGCAUAUUUGGGUGUACGGUUUUAAAAUGUGUGUAUGGUUUACAAAUUAGAGAUUAGGGUUUAGUAUUCCCAAUUAUGUUGUAUACUAUUUAUUUUGUUGCAUUUUAUUUGGGGUUAGUGUUUACAUUUGAGUGUACAUGUUCUAAUUGGGUUUAAUGUUUAGUUAUCAGAGUUUAGAGUGUUAUGAUAAGAGUUUAGGGUUUAGUAUUUUCGGGUUGGGGGUGGUGUGAAAUUUUGGUUUAUUUUUUAGGGGUUGGGAUGGGGUUGGUGUUUUAAACAAUUUUUGUAAUAUGGAAUAUAAUAUGUCAGCUAUUCUUUAUAGAAUGACUUUAUUCAUUUUUAUACUUUACAGAUGGAUUGGAAUACUGUUCUUUCAGUUUAGUUUAUAUUAGUUUCUGGUUCAGGCUGGAUAAACAGUACAUACUUUGAUGUCAGCAUAGAAAUUCAAAAAUGUUACCAUUAAAAUUAUUUACUGUCAAAAAUGUAAACAUUGAAAACAUUUUUGUUCUUGUUAAUUUUUUGUUGUGUUUCGAUAUGUGGUUCUCAUCACGACACACAACGCAUGACAUCACGUACUAUCAUUUGUAAUUGGUUACUUGUUAAGGUACGUGGCAAAACUGAAUAGUUUGUGUACGAAAUGUCUUUAAACUAAAUUAUGUCAAAAUCAAAGUUACUUACUUAAUUUAGGCUCGAUUUAUGGCUAGUACUCAAAUUAACCCCAUAUUUAUCUCAUAUGAUCAGAAGAAGAAGAAAAAGGCCAAAUUCUACGAAAAUAACACACAAAUAAGCAAAGAUGUGUGGAAGCCUCAGUAUCUUCGCGUCGACAUAGUAACCACUCAAUGACAAAACAAAUACGAGGUGCCGUUUAUACGAACUGUUAUCAAAGCCGUGACGUUCUCUCCGAUACAAAAUCAAUAUUUUAUAAUACCAGUUAAGCGUUUUUAUAAUAUUAAUAAAUUAUAAUACAAAUUAAAUACACUCGUAAGAAUAUUUCGUUGGACCUGGAUCGUUUGCAUGGGGAGAUGAGCCGUGCAUUGUGAGCUGUAUAAAGAAGAGUGUGAGAACUGAACAGAAGUUAACCAAGCAAAUCCUGAGUUUAUUACAACAAAAAAAAAAAAAAAAAAAUUCUUCUUCCUUCCUUAUUGUUUUUGAAGAAGUGAAUCUGGACAAAGAACUAAGACCGUCAAUUUUGGAACUUGAACCAUUAAAUUCAUCAAAACAAAUAUAUUCAAAUAUCUUAUUUUCGAAUUCUUGCUUGUAUUUAAGCUUCUUGAUUCACCAAGAAAACGAGCUAUUUUUCAUUUCUUUUUCACAUUUUUCUCUUCCUCUUCUUCUUCGGGGUCAAUAAGACAUGAAGUUCUUCGGAUGGAUGCAGAACAAGCUACAUGGGAAACAAGGGAACACUCAUAGACCAAGCAUAUCUUCUGCUUCUUCUCAUCAACCCAGAGAGGAGUUCAGCGACUGGCCUCAAGGAUUACUUUCGAUUGGAACUUUCGGUAGUGUGGCCAAAGAGCAAACACAAAUACAAGUUGUUCAAGAAGUGUUCAAAGAGGAGAAUCCCUCUGACGUGAACAUGGAAGCUCAUAGAGAUCAAGAUCUUUCUUUCUCCGGUGAUCUUGAUGAUUUUACUCCCGAGGAAGUCGGGAAACUGCAAAAGGAACUGACCAAGCUCUUGACAAGAAAGAACAAGAAGAGGAAGUCUGAUGUAAAUAGAGAACUUGGGAAUCUUCCUUUGGAUAGAUUCUUGAACUGUCCUUCGAGUCUUGAAGUCGAUAGACGAAUCAGCAACGCGCUCGCUAGUGGUGGUGAUUUUGAUGAGAACGAAGAAGAAAUGGAGCGUACAAUCAGUGUUAUCUUGGGAAGAUGCAAAGCUAUUUCUACAGAGAGUAGCAAUAAAAAGAAGAAGAGUAAGAGAGAUUUGAUCAAAACCUCUGUUUUUUAUCUUUUCAAGAAGAUGUUUGUAUGUUCAGAGGGGUUAUCUCCUCUUCCCAACCCUAGCUUGAGAGACACGUUUCAAGAAUCAAGAAUGGAAAAGUUACUGAGGGUGAUGCUACACAAGAAGAUUAAUGCUCAAGCUUCCUCGAAGCAAACAUCAACAAAGAGAUACGUGGAAGAUAAGCAACAGCUUUCACUAAAGAACGAGGAAGAAGAAGGAAGAAGUAGUGAUGGGAGCAAAUGGGUUAAAACAGAUUCUGAUUUCAUUGUUCUUGAGAUCUGAUCCCAUUUUCCAUUCUUCAUGUUCUUACAAGAAAAUACAGGUAGAGAGAAUCUCAGUGGUAUCAAGACAAACAAAAUUCAAAAAAGAAACGAUCAAUCAACUUUCUUUUUCUUUCAGAUGAAAAUUUUUAGGUAUCUAUUAGUAGAGCCCAUGAGUUUCUUCUGUUUUUGCAUGUUUGAGUCCAUAAACAAACAUGUUCUGGAAACUACAACAUUAGAAUACAGUACAUGAGAUAGUUAUAUGCCUACAUGCAUGUAUGUAUAUAAAGAGAGAAUUGUAUAUAUACAUACAUGUACGUAGUUUUGUAUUUUUCAGGUGGAUAACCUUAGUUUAUAUAAAAACUUCCUUUGUUUU